CGGAAACUGUAGUUACCUUUUUUUCUUACCCCCUCCCUCUUUCUCUGCUCUCUCUCUCUCUCUCUCUCUCUCUGUCUGUCUCCCUGUCUGUUUCUCUGUCUCUCUCUCCUACUCUGGCUGUGUGAUUGGCUACAGUUUGUGCAGGAUACGAGAAUGGCAUUUGAUAGACAGCCAGUAACAAUUAAAGUUCUCUUGUUCAUUGGACUACCAGUGAAUAUUGCCCUUAGUGGUAUGGCUAUUGGAUUAAACAGUUGGUUUAAAUUCGAGAGUACGAAUCAAGGAACCAUUGAAAUAGGAUUGUUUAAGAUAUGUAACACGGUUAACAAAUCAAUGCGCUGCGAGAGUAUUGAUUCAUCAAAUUUUAAAUAUUCUUCAGAUGAUUGGUUCAGAGCGACGAAAAGCUUGUUUAUUGGCUCAGCAGUUUCCAUAGUAAUAGCAUGGUUUUCUUGUAUAAUUUCUCAACUAACCAAAAGUCUAUCUUAUCCGUUGAACAAGCAAAUAAUAGGAUGGUUUUCCAUACUCUGCUCGUUGGCUUCAAUUAUUGCUUGGGCUCUCUUCCUGAGUAAUAUCAUUGGAGAGGAUGGACAGUUUCACGUCGCCUUCUAUAUGGCUUGCAUGACAAGCGCUUUGGCGAUUCUUAACGCAAUAUUCUCGUUUAGAGCUUUUCAUCAGGAAGACGAUGAUGACGAAUCGAUAGUAACCAACUCAGAUGAUUAUAGCGUCGACUAUAAUGAAGAAAAUAGAAAUAUGAGGAAUCAUUAUCCAAAAGGAUAUGAUUAUAGAGCCCUAAGUGACGAGUAUAUCUCUAAUAGAAACUACCCAAAUCAAUUGAAUAUAAACCCGUCUAAUUUUCACCAAAUUUAUCAACAUCAAAAGGAGGCUCUACAAUUGCAUCCGCAUCAUCAGUACGACAACUACCAUUCACAACAAAAACAACAACAACAACAACAACAACAGUACCAUCUGCAAAAUCAAGAGCAAUACCCUGUGUUCAGAUUGUUUAGAUAUUGAAAGGGAGAAAAAGAGAAUAACUGAUAAAAGAAGAAGAAUUUUUAUUUGGGUAGGGCAGACAGGUAAAGAAGGACUAUAAUCUCUGUUAUGCAUACAUUUAACAAUUGUUUACUUAUAAUAUUCUUUUUAAGAUUAAAUAAAAUCAACUUUUGAAGGCCUAUUGUC